CCUCUCUGAACUGAACCCAGCAGCACAGAGGCAGAGACCGAGAGAGAAGGUGCCCACCGAACUGCAUAUCCGCCUAUUAUUGUGUAUUACACACAGAAAGAAACCGAAACGACUUUCCGUGUACUCGGUCUCUCCAGAUGUCCGUGAUUAACACCACAGCUAGCUCUCAGUGGACGUUUUGACCAGCUGUAACAGUGUUGAGUGUGCGGCACAGGUGAAGAUGGCGAGGGGACCGUCACGCGUACCGGUGCUUGUGUUUCUAUCGCGGCUGUUCAUUGACGCUCUAAUGGCGCAGGAGUUUCCCACCAACGGCGUGAACGGAUUCAGUCUGCACCCACCGUAUUUUAAUCUAGCGGAGGGGACGAAAAUCACGGCCACGGCGACCUGCGGAGUGGACGAGAACGAGCAGCCGAUUCAAGACCUGUACUGCAAACUGGUCGGGGGCCCCGUGUCAGGGGACCCGAGUCAGACUAUUCAGGGCCAGUACUGUGACAUCUGCACCUCCAAAGACACUAACAGAGCGCAUCCCAUCAACAAUGCCAUCGAUGGCACCGAACGAUGGUGGCAAAGCCCUCCGCUCUCCCGCAGUGCAAAAUACAACGAGGUCAACGUCACCCUGGACCUAGGACAGCUUUUCCAUGUUGCAUAUGUGCUCAUCAAAUUUGCCAACUCGCCCCGGCCGGACCUGUGGGUGCUGGAGCACUCCAUUGACUUUGGGAAAACAUACAAGCCAUGGCAGUUCUUCGCCUCCUCUAAGAGAGACUGUAUCGAGCGGUUUGGCCAGAGAACUAUCAAGAGGAUCAACCGUGAUGACGAUAUCAUCUGCACAACUGAGUACUCACGGAUUGUCCCUUUGGAGAAUGGAGAGAUUGUGGUGUCUCUGGUGAACGGACGUCCGGGCGCCAUGAACUUCUCUUACUCUCCAGUUCUGAGGGAGUUCACCAAGGCCACCAACAUCCGCCUGCGCUUCCUGCACACCAACACGCUGCUGGGUCACCUGAUGGGCAAAGCCCUGAGAGACCCCACGGUCACACGAAGAUAUUACUACAGUAUUAAAGACAUCAGUAUUGGAGGGAGAUGUGUGUGUAAUGGCCACGCUGAGGCCUGUAAUGCCCAAGACCCCAAUGACCCAUACAAGCUUCAGUGUGACUGCCAGCACAACACUUGCGGGCCAUCAUGUGAUCGCUGUUGCCCCGGCUUCAACCAGUUUCCAUGGAAACCAGCCACGACUUACAGUGCCAAUGAAUGUGAACCAUGUAACUGCCACAGACACUCAUCAGAGUGCUACUAUGAUCCAGAGAUCGACCAGCGGAGAGCCAGUCUCAACAUGCAGGGACAAUACAGGGGCGGAGGAGUGUGCAUCGAAUGCCAGCAUCACACCACAGGCUUCAACUGUGAGCGCUGCAUUCCUGUGUACUACAGAUCACCUGAUCAUCCUCUGGAGUCCCCAUUCGCCUGUUCAAAGUGUCAGUGUGAGUCUGAGUUCACUGAUGGCACAUGUGAGGAUCUGACCGGACGCUGUUACUGUAAACCCAAUUACACUGGCGAGAACUGUGACACGUGUGCGGAGGGCUACGAAGGCUUCCCUGAAUGCUACCAGGGGUACAUCACUGGAGAGGCCAGACCUGCAGGGGAAAUCAUCAAUUGCGAGUGCAGUGCUGCAGGUACAGAAGGGAACUCCUGCAGGCCAGACCCUCGCACCAAUACAUGUGUGUGUAAACCUGAAUUCACUGGAGAACACUGUGACACCUGCGCUCCUGGUCACUUCGGCCUCAACUGCCAGCGCUGUCAAUGUUUUGGCCAGGGCUGUCUGGAUGGGUCCUGUGAUGCAGUAACGGGCCAGUGUGUGUGUCGGAGCGGGUUUCAGGGGUAUUCAUGCGAGCAGUGUGCGCCUGGCUACUUCAACUACCCACUGUGCCAAUAUUGCGGUUGCAGUGAUGUGGGCUCUAUGCCUGAGAUAUGCGAUGCGGCCGGUCAGUGUUUGUGCAGGCCAGAGUUCACUGGUCCUCGCUGUGAUCAGUGUCGCUCAGGGUUCCACUCAUAUCCAAACUGCCAGGUGUGCACUUGUGACUCUCGCACAUCUUUGGAAUCCAGCUGUACCUUGUCGGGUCAGUGUAGCUGCAGACCCAACUACAGUGGCCCCAAAUGUGACCAGUGUGCACCCGGAUAUUACUCCUAUCCCAGCUGCACACCAUGUCAUUGUUCAGUGGAGGGCUCUCGCUUCAGCUCCUGUGAUCCAGUGUCUGGUCAGUGUGUUUGUCUGCCAAACAUUGUGGGUCAGAGGUGUGAUAGCUGCAGUCCUGGGUCAUAUGGCUUCCCCCUCUGCCAAGUCGGGACCUGUAACCCAGCAGGCUCUGUUCAUAAUAACAUCCUGCCCACUGUGGGCUCCUGCGAGUGUCAGCCUCAUGUAGAGGGGGUGGCCUGUGAUCGCUGUAAGCCUCUCUACUGGAAUCUUUCUCCUGAUACAGACUAUGGAUGCUCAAGCUGUGACUGUAAUACAUUAGGAACUAUGAGUGAGGUUGCAGAGUGCACACAGAGCACCGGCCAGUGUUACUGUAAACCUAACGUGUGCAGCGGCACAUGUAAUGUGUGCAAGGAUGGAUACUUCAGCCUUCAGAAGAACAACUACUUUGGGUGCCAAGGCUGCCAGUGUGACAUUGGAGGCUCCGUUGGGCAGGCGUGUAAUGAGAGGCACGGGCGGUGUCGAUGCAGACCCAGCGUGGAGGGACCCAAAUGCAACCAACCCCGGCCAGAUCAUUACUUCCCAGACCUGCACCAUAUGAAGUUUGAGGUGGAGGAAGGCACCACUAUGGAUGGACGUCCAGUGAGGUUUGGUUACAAUCCUCUGGAGUUUGAGAGCUUCAGCUGGAGGGGAUAUGCCCAGAUGUCCCCCAUGCAGCCUCGGGUUCUGGUUGAGGUGGUGGUUGGCUCUCCAGACCUGUUUCAUGUGGUCUUGCACUAUAUGAACCGUGGGGGCGUGGACGUGAGGGGGCGGGUCUCUGUGAUCGAGGAUGGCAGACACUUCCUGUGUGAGAAUUGCUCUGAGCAGUCCAAACAGAUCGUAUUUGCACCCACUUCAGAACCCACAUUUGUGAACGUGCCUCAGAACAGUUUUGUGGAGCCAUUUGUCUUGAACCCAGGAACCUGGACUGUGAUUAUAGAGGCGGAGGGCAUUCUGCUGGACUACCUGGUGCUGUUGCCCAGUGCAUAUUACGAGGCUCCUAUCCUGCAACUUCAAGUGACUGAACCCUGUUCAUACAGCAACACACAGGAUGCCAGUCAAAACUGUCUGCAGUAUAUGUAUCUGUCUCUGGAUGAGUUCCCAUCCAUCUCCAGCAAUAAUGCCCAGUGCAGGGCUGAUAAUCACCUGCCCAGACCCUGCCACACUGAAAAGAUCACUCCUCGCCAUCCCAGCAUGGCCAUCUGCAGCGGCAAUGAUAUGAAAGUUCAGCUGCGUGGUCGUGUUCCUGUUCCUGGAGAGUAUGUGUUGGUGGUCGAGUACGCCAGUGAAGACCAAUUCCCGCAAACGUUUAAAGUGUCUGUCAACUCACUGGGUGAAACCACUCAUCAAGAGGAAAUAACACUGCUCCACUGCAAAUACAGUUUCCUGUGCCGUGCGGUGUCUGUAGAUGACAAGAAGCGCGUGGCGGUCUUUACUCUCUCCACAGAGGCUGAUAUCCAGCUUAGCACAGACAGAAGCAGUUUUUUCCUCCACAAAGUGUUCCUCGUCCCUCGCGCGCAGUUCACCAUGGAGUACCUGAAGCCCAGAGUUCACUGCAUCAGCACACAUGGACACUUCUCUCCAGACAGUGGCUCCUGCAUCCCGUCUCGUUUCCAGAAUCCUCCUCAGUCUCUGGUCCUAAAAGAGGGUCAGGCUUCUUCUGUGCCGGGUUCGAUUAUAGCUUCAGCCCCUGAUCCAUCCCUGCAUGCAGACAGGCCCAUGACCUCCAGACCGCCAACCGCUGCUGAUAACAGUGAACACAUGCUUCUGGACCCUAAUCAGAACGCUGUAACGUAUUCAACACGUGUACAUGCGCUGGGCCGUUAUGGGUUCAUCCUGCAUUACCAUCAGCCCCUGCACCCAACUUACAACGUCCAGGUCCACAUCAAUGGAGGACGCAUAUGGCAGGGCCACGUCAAUGCAUCCUUUUGUCCCCAUGGUUACGGUUGUCGUGGUGUUGUCAUGUCAGAGAACCAGAUUAUCCUGGACGUGACGGACUAUGAGGUCAUCCUGACCCUGCGUGUUCCAGACAGGAAGACAUUGUGGCUGGACUAUGUGCUGGUGGUGCCAGAGAGCACUUACAGCUCCAGCUUUUUGACUGAGGAGCCACUGGACAAAUCUUACGACUUUAUCAGCAACUGUGGACAAAACAGCUUUUACAUCAACCCAUCCACAGCAUCUCCGUUCUGUCGUAACUCCGCCGUGUCUCUGUCUGCGUUCUUCAAUAACGGCGCUGUGCCCUGCGGCUGUCAUGAGGUGGGUGCAGAGAGCGAUACCUGCGAGACCUUCGGAGGACAGUGCAAGUGCAGACCCAACAUGAUUGGCCGAGACUGUUCCCAGUGUGCCACGGGAUACUACGGCUUCCCCAACUGUAGACCAUGUAACUGUGGCACUCGUCUGUGUGAGCCUGUGACGGGUGAGUGCAUCUGUCCUCCACGGACUCUGCAGCCCGACUGUGUCACCUGUGAACCCCAGACGUUUGCCUGCCAUCCUCUGGUGGGGUGUGAGAUGUGCAACUGCUCCAGGCCUGGAGUGGCUUCACUGGAAAUCGGCUGUGACACACACAACGGCCAGUGCAGGUGCAGGAACAACAUUGUUGGCCGUCAGUGUGACAGGUGUGCCCCAGGUUUCUAUGGAUACCCCAACUGCAGACCAUGUGACUGCAGCGAGGCAGGAACUGAGAUUGAUGUCUGUGACUACAUCACCGGACGCUGUUUGUGCAAGGAAAAUGUGGAAGGCUCUCGCUGUGACCAGUGCAAACUGGGAACGUUCCAUUUGGACCCCACUAAUGCUAAAGGCUGCACCAAGUGCUUCUGCUUUGGAGCCACUGACCGCUGCCACAGCUCUGACAAACGGAGGAGUGAGUUCAUGGACAUGGCUGGCUGGGUGCUAUUGAGAAGUGACAGACAGGAAGUUCCUGUGUCCACGUAUCUCGAUCAAGAUCUGGUGGAGGCUGAUCUGAGUGACGUACCUGAUGUCUCACAGGACCUCCACUGGCACGCUCCUCGCGCUUACCUCGGCGAUAAAGUGUCAUCGUAUGGAGGCUACCUGCGCUACCGCUUGCAUACCCAGACGAUGAGAGGUGAUGCUUUUCUGAUCAUUGAGACCACACGGCCUGACGUUAUACUCAAGGGGAAUCAGAUGACUCUGGUGUACAUGGAAAGAGAGUAUUCCUCUCCUGAAGACCCUCAUGAGGGGAUCGUCCAUCUGGUGGAGGACAGUUUCAGGCAUGCACAGACGGGAAACUCUGUGUCCCGUGAGGAGCUGAUGAUGGUGUUGGUGGCGCUGGAGUCACUGCAGAUCAGAGCGCUGCACUCUCAGUCUGCCCAGUCUGUGUCGCUGCGUGCUGCGGUGCUGGAGGGGGCCGACAACCUGCCCUCCGGUCGCCAUGCCAACAACGUUGAAAUUUGUCUCUGCCCAGGAUACUAUCUAGGAGACUCUUGUCAGAAAUGUGCUCCAGGAUACUACAGAGACACUAAAGGGCUGUUUCUCGGGAAGUGUGUCCCCUGUAACUGUAACGGUCACUCUGAUGAGUGUUUGGAUGGCUCUGGCAUAUGUGUGAACUGCCGCCACAAUACCGCUGGAAAUCAUUGUGAGCAGUGCCAGGGCGGCUUUCAUGGUAACAACACUGUUGAUGGCCAUGCGGUGUCCUGCUCUAGCUGCCCCUGCCCUCUGCAAGUGGCUUCAAACAAUUUUGCCAUUCGCUGUGUGGAGAAGCCCAAUCAUAUGCAGUGUUUAUGUAGGCCUGGCUAUGCUGGAUCUAAGUGUGAAAGGUGUGCACCAGGUUACUAUGGAAACCCAAUGGUGAUUGGCAGCACAUGCCAGCCGUGCAACUGCAAUGGAAACUCAGACCCCAACAUGCUGUUCAGCGACUGCCACCCUUUGACGGGCGAGUGUCAGAGCUGCAUGCAAAACUCCGCCGGACCGCACUGUGAAAUCUGUGCCCCGGGUUUCUACGGUGAUGCCAUCACUGCCAAGAAUUGCACUCGAUGCAACUGUUCUCCUUGUGGCACUGCACAUUGUGACCCUCACACGGGACAGUGCCACUGUAAGCCUGGUGUGGUGGGAGCCCACUGUGACCGCUGUGAGGAUGGGGCAUUUGGCUUUGAUUCCUGCACUGGUUGCCAUAAGUGUGAUUGUGAUGCAGCAGCGGCAUUGAUUCAGCCAUGUGACCCUGUUAACGGCUCAUGUGCCUGUCAGCCUGGGGUUAAUGGACCGAACUGCCGCCAGUGUGCUCCAGGUUACUGGGGCUACAGCCCUAAUGGCUGCAAGAAGUGUGAGUGUAGAGGAGGCCGCUGUGACCCUCGCACAGGAGAGUGCCAUUGUGCAGCAGGUCUGACAGGGAAGCAGUGUGACACGUGUCUUUAUAAAUACAGCGUCCCUGUGCUUCAUGAAGCAGAUGUGCACUGUCAGCCCUGUGACAGCUGUGUGAUAGUGCUACUGGAGGAUCUGGACAAAGUAAACGAACGUUAUCAGUCCAUUGCCGAUCAGCUGACCAGCCUCAAUGCCAGCUCAAUGGCCUGGGCUCAACUAAACCGCCUCAACGUGUCCAUUCAGGACAUUGCUAAUGCCAUAAAAAACUACAACAGCACUUUGGACAAGAGCAGGAACCAGGCCAAUAUGCUGGAGGGAGAGCUGCAAAUCAUCGACUUGGAUAUUAAAGAGUUAGAGGAGAAGGCCUCAGUCACACAAAAGAAAGGCGAUGCUUUAGAGGACAACACUAACUCCACACACACUAGAGCACAAGACCUGCUUGAAUUCAUCAAAGGCAUCAUGGGAGAUGUGCAAGACAUUAUACUGCAGGUGAACCGGACAGCACAGAACGAGACCAAGGUGAUCGAUGAAAAGGAGCUGGCUCGGAAUAUAGCAGAGGUGGAGUCCAUGCUCAGAGACAUGCGCUUCAGGGGCUUCGACCUCCAGAAGAAACUAGCAGAAAAUGAGCUGGACCAGGCCAACAAGUUGAUAGGUCGUGUGAAAAAUGAGAUUGCAAACCGGACACUGAAUAAUGAGGCUGUGGCAGAGAACAUUAGAAACAAACUGAACCAGUUCAAUCAGCAGCUGAUGGACCUGAGAGACGCUAUGAAUGAUGCCGUCAAAAACACAGCAAACACCGUAGAGGCCAACAAUAUUAACCAGAAAUGCAUGGAGGAGUUGCAGAACAUAGUGAAUAACCUGCUUAAGAAGCAGAAGGAGGUGGAGAACCAGCUUCAAAUGGCCGUGGAUGAUGUGACCCAGGUCAACGAGCUGCUCUCCAUGCUUCAGGACUCCAAAGAGGACUACGAGCGUCUGGCUGCUCAGUUGGAUGGAGCGAGGCAGCCUCUAGCCGAGAAGGUGCAGAAAUACGCUCCUUCCGCCAAUAAAAUUCCCCUGGUGGAGGCUGCAGAGAAACACGCUGAAAUGCUGGACCAGCUCGCCAAUAAUCUUUCCAGUCUAAUAUCUGGCUCCAAUCAAGACAGUUUCAUACAGCGUGCUCUGAAUGCAUCUCGCGCAUACACUAACAUUAUAAACAGCGUGCUGGAAGCUGAGACUGCAGCUAAGAAAGCCAAUGAAUCUGCUACUGAGGCUUUGGAGAACAUAAAGGACACAGACCUGCCCCUACAAGCUGCUAAACUGAAGAAUCAGAGUAUUGAGCUUGUGAAGCAAGCAGAGGAACUGAAUAACAGCACUCAAAGUCUAAAGCCACGCUUGGACUCCAUACAGAAAAGUUUGCAGGAUGCUGAAAAGAAAAAGGAGAACAUGCUCCAAGACCUAAAGAACAUUCAAAAUAGCCUCAACGCCAGCCGAGAAGACAUAGCGAACGACAUCGCAGCAGCUAAGAGUGUGGUGGAGCAGGCUAACAACACGGUGGCUAAUGUUAGCAAUGCGCUGGCUCCAAUUCAGAAGCAGCUGGAGGAGUGGCAGAAGCAGUACGGAGACUCAAACGCCACCAGCGAUGAUAUCAACAGAGCUCUCAAUGAUGCCAAUACGUCAGUGGCGGCGCUGAGCGACACUCUUCCUCAGCUGAUGGAGAAGUUGGAUCGUCUACAGAACACCUCAUUUCAGCCGUCCAACAUCUCCGACAGCAUCCAGAGAAUCCGCCAGCUCAUUGAACAGGCUCGCAAUGCUGCCAACAAGGUGAGCGUGUCAAUGCAGUUUAAUGGUAACUCAGGAGUACAAGUGAGGAUGCCCAGUAAUGUAGCCGACCUGGCAGCCUAUUCAUCGCUACACAUGUACAUCAAGCUACCACGUGACACACGUACACUACGCCAAACUACCACCAAUCCCCAGUUUGUCCUCUACCUUGGAAAAAAUGACUCCAGUAAAGACUAUAUGGCAAUGAUGCUGGAAGGAUCAAAGCUGCGCUGGUACUUUAAUGUGGGAGGAGAUACAGCGCAGGUGCUGAUGACUGAGAGCGUGAAUAAGGAUUACUUCAGCAAAGUUGUCCUGGAGAGGACUCUACAGUACGGUCAGAUGGCAAUGUCCCUAGAUUCAGAAGAAAUAAAUAUAGUUAAGCAAAGCAUGGAGGCAGGAGGAGAAAAAGGCCUGCUCAACUUACCUGCCAAAGAGACUGUGUUUUAUGUCGGAGCUUAUCCCACCAAUUUCACUCCUCCAAUGGAUCUGAACAUCACGUCUCCUAACUUCUUCAAGGGCUGCCUGGAGUUAUUAAGUCUAAAUGAAGAACUAGUCAGCCUCUAUAACUUCGAGCAAAACUUGCAAAUGAACACCAUAACUGACCUCCCUUGUUCACGGAAGAGGCCAGCAAAUACGCCUGAGUGGCUAGUUAACGGAGUGUAUUUUGAUGGUUCGGGCUAUGUUGAGGUUUUGUUCGAAACUCUGAAGGACGACCGUGUGUUUGAGCAGCAUAUCAAACUCAUCUCGCAAAACGGCAUUCUCCUGUUGUUCCAAAGACAGGAUAACUAUGUGUGCGUAGCUGUGCAAGACGGUCUUCUUAAAGUCCUACAUAACCUUGAUGGACGGUUGUCCAACUUAACUGACCCACAACAAGAGUCAAAUAUUAAAAUCAGUAAUGCACAAGUGAAAUUUUUGGAUGUUAUCUUUCAACUUUCGAAAAAUGAAAUGCUAGUGAGGCUAGAUCGUCAGAAGAUCUACACGCUUUCCAGCAGAGAGCUCAACUUCACGGGACGAUAUUUCCUGGGCGGAGUGCCAGAGGAUCAGAUGCCCGAGAGUUUAAAGAGUGUGUUUCAUAAACGCGGCUCCAUAAAGGGCUGCUUCAGGACCGUUAAGGCCAUGAAAAGCUUUGUUCAAAUGAAGACCAUGAAGAGUGCAGGGAUCAGCUAUGGCUGUCCAGAUGACCUGGUUAGGUCACGAGUCCCAUUGGAAAUACUGGACUCACCACGGAGAAAGAAUCCAAAGAAUAAGCCUCAUGGAAGUUGGAGAAGUCGAAUGGCACGUGAGUCCUGUCAGGGUGAGAUGUCCGCCCAGGAGGAUGACGCUCAUCAUUUCAGUGGCUCCUCCCACAGCCACCUGAGAUUUGAUUCGCUGCCUCAAGCGUUUAGCAAGGCGCCACACAUCUCUGUGGGUGUGCGUGUGAACUCCUCGAGUGGACUGAUUUUCCACGUGGCGGGAGGGAAGAGCCAGAGGAUCAUGACGCUCUCUGUGAUUGAUGGCCAUCUGAUGCUGAUAGUCAACGGCGGAAAGAAGAAGACCAGCAUACGCAGCAAAAAGAAAUACAACGACGGCCUGUGGCACACGGUGUUUGUACGAGUGGAGGCUGACAGGGCAUCUCUGACGGUGGAUGGCAUCGAGACGCAGAGGAAGAGGGUGACGGGCGGAGGGAAGAGCGUGUUUGCUGCUCCUCUCUAUAUCGGUGGACUUCCCUCAGACCACAGUGCAGCUAUGGUUGGUUUCGUUGGCUGUGUGCGGGAUCUGAAGCUGAACGAGGUCCUGGCACAGAGCCCCUCUCACAGUGUGGGAGUGACACCCUGCUACAAGCAGCCCCUCCAGCCCGGGGUUUACUUCUCCAGUCAGGGAGGAUAUCUGACCAUCGACGAAUCGCUGGUGUUAGGCCGGGACCUCGAGAUCCUUUUGGAGGUCCGUCUGGUUUCAGACUCUGGGCUCCUGCUGCACACUGGAGCCAAGAAAACUCAACAGCUGAGUCUCUAUCUGAACCAGGGCCAGCAAUGUAUUUGCCAUAUAAUUUCACACUUGAAUGUUGAUAUAAUAUAUAUAAUGAUUUUAGUUGUGAAGAAGAGCAAUGUCAUCCAGCUACAUGUGGAUGCGACGAGUGAACAUGGAGUGGGUCCCAAACAGAGCCGGUCGAGCGGGGGCAAAGAGACCGUUUAUCUGGGCGGCGUGCCAGAUACUAUAGUGGUCCCAGGUCUCCCGUCCACCGUCCUCUCUUUCCACGGAUGUGUGAGGAAAACCGUACUGAACCACAGGCCUGUCGUGCUGUCAAAACCCCUGUCAGUGUCUGGAUCUGUGGGGACUCAGGGCUGCCCUGCCUUAUAGACCACAGCUGCAUUAACCCUGCAUACGCUCACACUAUCAAAUCAACAGGUGGUGGGUUUGCUUAGCGUUUAAUUUAAACCAGUAUUUAUGUUUACCUUCAUGACACCUGUGUAUGUAAUUUUAUUAAAAAGCACUGUAAGUGAUGAGACACCACUGAUAAACUAUAAUGUUCAGAACUGCAGGGACCAGCGGAAUAUAGAGAUGGAUUGGCACUGGAUUCAUAUCGUUCCAGGUUGUUUAAUUAGUACAUUUCAUUGAUACAAUCAUGACCAAACACCAUUAAAU